AUGUCCAAUUUGUUCAACCAACCAUGGACAAUUUCGGAGCAAAUCGUCUUGUUGACCAACAUUAUUCAGAGUGCUGGACAGGAUGUACCGUCAUUUUUGGUGCGCGCCAUCGAAAAUGGCAAUAUACAACCCAGAUGGGACGAUGUUGCACUGCCAGCAGGCCGCACUCCUAGCGCAUGCCACCAAAUGUACAAUUUCUUGCGUAGUCAAUACCGCCCCUUCCCAACGACGGGAGUGCCAGGCUUCCCUCAGCAACAACUUGCGCCGCAUCCUCCGGAGGUGAGAGCAGUGUCGGAACCAGAUUUGGCCCCGUCAACACAACGACCCAUUCAGCCUCGUCCUCCUCGUUCGACAGACUCGCCUAUUCCUCCGACAACAAAUGGGGAACCGUUCCGGAUCUUGCGCCCCUUCAUUCAACCCGAGCCGCCGGGGGAAAAGCGCAGGAAACGAGGUCGUCCGACGAAAGAAGAAGUGGAAGAACGCGAUCGCAAGCUUGCAGAGGCCGGGCAGACUUACGAGCCGAAGAGGAGGCCAGCAAAGAAAUCGAGACCGUCUGAAACGCCCAGCUCGCUUUCCGAAGCUGUUGCCACAACAUCACCCUUUAUGCAGACUCCACGCUUGCAGCAGCUUACACCCAGGGAGGAAACAUCGAGCGGAAAAAGACGGUCAAAACGCCAGCGUGACGAGGCAGAGUCGACGCGUCCGGCUCUUUCUGGGUCUCCUGGAGACGAUUCGGGUGACGGAAGGAGUACGGACGCGGCCCAGAGCCCUUCUGAUCGACUUCUUGCGAGACCAGAACGUGCUCAACCGGCUACCUCCGUUGCUCGAGAUGUACAGCAGAUAUCGAGCCCACAUCUUGAGCCACAACCAGGUACGCAGCAGGACAAUCCACCCUCGGGCCCUCCGUCUACCUAA